GGAUCACCGCGGGGCCUGACAGUCACGUUCGGUUGCGCUGGAGUGAACAGGAGAGCCAUCAGGACGGGACUCCUCCAUAUCCUACCACACCUCCUCCUCCUUCGAGCUGCCCCCCCCAGCUGCUGGAUUCGGAGCCGGAGCUACUCUGGAACCGAUCAACGUGAAUCUAUACUGUUUCCCUCUUUUUGUUUUUAAAAAUCGGAAUGGGUUUUGAAAAGACCUAACCUGGAUGCUUUGCUGUGAACGUGCUCUUUAAAAAAAAAAACAACAACCGCGCCGGUGGAGUUUGGCCAAACUUUUGUGGAGGUCGCUAGUUGAAGUCGAAUCCGGGAGUGGGGGGGAACUGAACCCAGAGCCGACAUGGAUCAAGCCAGCGGUGGAGAGGACCCGAAUAAACCCUCCAAAAAGAAAUCCGGCGAGGAUGAGGGCAAAAACAAAAAGCUGAACAUACACAUAAAAACAUUGGCUGAUGAUAUGCGUGAUCGUAUUACCAGUUUCAGGAAAACGGGGAAUAAGAAGGAGAAGCUCCUUAUACAUCACCCAACAGACCCGCUCUCGAUCCUGGCUGAGCUGCCUGUUCCUCAGCCGCUGUUUGACGACCGCUCCAUGAACCUCUCGGAAAAGGAGAUCAUCGACCUCUUUGAGAAGAUGAUGGAGGACAUGAACCUGAACGAGGAACGAAAACAGCCCCUGCGUGGAAAAGACUUGAGCACCAAACGUGAGAUGGUGGUCCAGUACAUCUCCGCCACUGCCAAAUCCGGCGGACUAAGGAACAGUAAGCAUGAGUCUACACUUUCAUCGCAAGAAUAUGUUCACGAGCUGCGUUCGGGCAUCACAGAAGAAAAGCUGCUCAAUUGCCUGGAGUCCCUCAGAGUGUCUCUCACCAGUAACCCUGUCAGCUGGGUGAAUAACUUCGGUCAUGAUGGUCUCGGUCUUCUUCUGGAUGCUUUGGAGAAGCUGCUGGACAAGAAACCGCAAGAGAGUAUCGACAAAAGGAACCAGCAUAAACUCAUCCAGUGCCUGAAGGCUUUCAUGAACAAUAAGUAUGGACUGCAAAGGAUCUUGGGAGAUGAGCGGAGCCUGUUGCUGCUGGCUCGAGCCAUCGACCCCAAACAGACCAACAUGAUGACAGAGAUUGUCAAGAUUCUCUCUGCCUUUUGUAUCAUUGGGGAGGAAAACAUCCUGGAUAAGAUACUAGCUGCCAUGACAAUUGCUGCAGAGAGGAACAAUAAAGAGAGAUUUGCCCCGAUCGUUGAGGGGCUGGAGAACCACGAGGCGCAGCAGCUCCAGGUUGCCUGCAUGCAGCUGAUCAACGCUCUGGUCACCUCCCCCGACGACCUGGACUUCCGGAUACAUCUGCGGAACGAGUUCUUGAGAUGUGGCCUCAAGAAGAUCCUGCCUGAACUAAAAGAGACGGAGGAGCUUGACAUCCAGCUGAAGGUGUUCAAUGAGAACAAGGAGGAGGACUCCAUUGAACUCUCCCAUCGCCUGGAUGACAUCCGCGCUGAGAUGGAUGAUAUGAAUGAAGUUUACCAUCUCCUGUCCAACAUGGUGAGAGACACCGGCUCCGAGACCUACUUCCUGUCCAUCCUCCAGCACCUACUGCUCAUCAGGAAUGACUAUUACAUCAGGCCUCAGUACUACAAGGUGAUAGAAGAAUGCGUGUCUCAGGUGGUCCUGCAUCGCAGCGGCAUGGACCCCGACUUUGGCUACAGCAAACGAUUGGAUGUCGACUUCACCCAUCUGACUGAUCAGUGCGUGGAUAAAGCCAAAGUUGACGAGAGUGAGCAGAAAGCGGCCGAGUUCUCCAAAAAGUUUGAUGAGGAGUUCAGCGCGCGGCAGGAGGCCCAGGCAGAGUCUCAAAAGAAGGAAGAGAGAAUCAAAGAGUUGGAGGGGAAGAUCCAGGCCCUGGAGUCCCAGAUUGCAGCCGGUCCACCUGCGUCAGGAGCAGCACCACCACUAGCAGGGGGGGCAGCAGCUCCACCUCCUCCUCCUCCACCUCCUCCGCCACCUCCACCCGGUGGAUGUCCUCCUCCUCCACCACCUCCUCCUCCUCCUCCUUUCGGCCAUGCAGGCAUUCCACCACCACCUCCGCCACCUCCUCCUCCAGGUGGAGGACCUCCACCACCCCCAGGUUGUGGGCCUCCGCCUCCUCCGCCUUUCUUCGGGGGCCCAGGUGGGCCUCCGCCACCUCCUUCAUUACCUGUCAUCAAGCUGCCUUAUGGGCUGGAGCCCAAAAAGACCUACAAGCCUGAAACUGUGAUGAAGCGGGUCAACUGGAUCAAGAUAGUGCCUCAGGAAAUGGCAGAGAAUUGCUUCUGGAUCAAAGUCAAAGAAGAGAAGUUUGAGAAUCCUGACCUAUUUGCUGAGCUCUCCGUCUGCUUCUCCUCCCAGAGCAAAGUGAAAAAAGAAGCGAAGGAUGAAAUCGACAACAGGACGCCUCAAUUCAAGAAGAAGGUGAAAGAGCUUCGCAUCUUGGACUCUAAGACAGCACAGAAUCUUUCAAUUUUCCUGGGCUCGUUCCGCCUGCCUUAUGAAGAGAUCCGGGACAUUGUGCUGGAGGUGGACGAGGAAAGACUGAGCGAAUCACUCAUCCAGAACCUGAUAAAGAACCUGCCAGAGCAGAAGGAGCUGAGUGCACUAGCGGAACUAAAGAGUGAAUAUGAAGAGCUGGUGGAGUCGGAGCAGUUCAGCAUUGUGAUGAGUUCGGUGAAGCUCCUCCGGCCGCGUCUCAACGGCAUUCUAUUCAAGCUGACGUUCGAGGAGCAGGUGAACAACAUCCGACCGGAUAUCAUGAACGUGACGUUUGCCUGCGAGGAGGUGAAGAAGAGCGAGAGCUUCCACAAACUCCUGGAGCUGGUGUUGCUGGUCGGCAAUUACAUGAACGCCGGCUCAAGGAACGCUCAGACGUUUGGGUUCAACGUCAAUUUCCUCUGCAAGCUGCGGGACACUAAAUCCAUCGGUCACAAUACAACACUUCUUCACUUCCUGGCUGAGAAGUGUGAAGAGAGUCAUCCAGAGAUCUUGGGUUUUCCGGACGAGCUGGAACAUGUGGAGAACGCCAGCAAAGUGUCUGCUGAGAUCCUGAAAAGCAGCUUGACGACCAUGGAACGUCACAUUCAGCGACUGGAGAACGACAUCGAGAACUUCCCCAAAAAAGAUGACCAGGAAGAUAAGUUUGUGGAAAAACUAUCGGGCUUCUGCAAGCAUGCCAGGGAGCAGUAUGAGAAACUUUCCACCAUGCAUAAGAACAUGCAGAAGCUCUACGAGAGCAUCGGCAACUACUUUGCCUUUGACCCUCACUCCGUCAGCCUGGAAGAUUUCUUCGGAGAACUGGCCAACUUCCGCCUGCUCUACAUGGAAGCAGUAAAGGAGAACCACAAGAAGAGGGAGAUGGAGGAGAAGAUCAAGAGAGCCAAGCUGGCGAAGGAGAAAGCCGAGCGCGAGAAGCAGGAGCGCCAGCAGAAGAAGAAGCAGCUGAUUGACAUGAACAAAGAGGGAGAUGAAACUGGUGUGAUGGAUAGCCUAAUGGAAGCUCUGCAGUCCGGAGCAGCCUUCCGUGAUCGACGAAAACGGACUCCACGCAACGACAACCGGCGUGCAGUCCUGGAAAGGUCUCGCUCGCGCCACAACGCAAAUCACCCAGCUCGAUGAUCGCCCGCGCCUACCACAAGACGCUAGACAAGUGCCAAAGAGGCCUGCGAGGUGGAGAGCCUGAAGACGACUGAGGGAGGAUCAGACCGUCCCUCACUGUGGCACACACACACACACACACAGACACAGACACACACACACUCACACACAGCAACCAAGUUCAGAACAAAACACGGCUAAAGAAGAAGAAGAACUGGAGGAUCUAUAUUACAUCACACAGACAUUUCAUUUUAAUGCCGCUCAUCUGACACAUUACAUAUUUAUUCAAUACUCCCGCUCUCUAAAUGCUCACGUCCUCUGCCGAUGGUUUCAUCCAUAAAAUGAAACGGUUCACACGCUGCUGCUGCUGCUGCUGCUGCUGCUGCUGUUUGAAACUGAAAGUUUUUCACUCCUUGGAAAAAGUCAGAGCCUUGAAUUUGAAACCUCAUCACAUCAAACUGUUCACGUAGGGUUUGGAGAGAGGAUGUUUUGGAAAGUAGACAUUCAGCCGAGAUGGACUGUACCAUAUUGUAUGUAUCAUCCAGAGGAAUGUACCACACACGGUUCAUUCUGCCCCUCCACCCCCCAUGUUCGAGUUUGCCGCCUCAUGACGUCUCCUCCAACGAAGCAUCGAUCUCUAAACAGAAGUCGUGUGGUUUUUUUUCUUCCUUCCUCUUCAAUCCCUCCUUCAACCAACAUCAAAACAAUGUAUUAAGUGUAAAUGUCUGAAAGAAUCCACAUGAAUCAUCUUGAUUUCAUCUCCUCUAAAAGCCACGAGAGCUGGACCCCGUGUUCACCCGAGACUCCCAGAGCAUGUGACUCAGGGAUUUUGAAAAGUGUAAUCUCCCUUUUUGACAAGAUGCAUUUUUAUUUUUAGUUUGUGUAAUAUCCAACCGACGCCUCCGGGGGCUGAUCUCUGUCCCAAGGUCGCUUUUGCUGUUAACAUGAGAGACUGACAUAUUUCUAAAUGCAUAUAACUGCCUGGAGACGCUGACGUGACCUCUGUGACCUUCCCUGCAGUCACACAGGUUUCCAGUGGCUCCGACAGGACAGUGACAAACAAAAAUGUUUUUAUUAUCAAACUAUUUCAAUCUGGGUAUUUGUCUUUUUUGAAUGUAGAAUUUAAAAUGACAUCUUUUGGAAACUGGUGGUUAAAAUAUUUAACAACAGAACUUCAGUAUUUUGUUUUCACCCCAUUGAAAUUUCAAGAAAUGAAAAUAAGCUUUGAAGUGAAGCUGAAACUCAUCGUAUCACAUUAACACAGAUAUAAUCUCCACAAAGGAACAUGGGUAUGUUUCCGCUUGUAUUCACAUUUUGAUAUAUUUAUGUAUAGAACAUACAUAAAUAUAUUGAAAUCCACAUUUUGAUAUAUUUAUGGAGAGAGUAUACAACAGAUUGUGACAUAUAUAUUUAAGCCUCGAUGAACCACAGGCAUUAUUUUAUUCAUAAAUUGAAACGCCUUUGGGGAGAAGAGCAGUGAGACUCUACUAAAGGAAACCCGUGGCUCAAACACUAAAGGGUUUUUAACACUCUAUUAAAGAGCCUGUUUCCUGGCGGGAUACUGCACAGUUGUUUUCAGUAACAUCUUCCAUCUGAUGGAGCUUUACAGCAUCAAAACAAUCCCCCUAAAUCCUCCGUGUUUGUGCACCAAAUAGUGGGAAAAUGGGCUCUAAGCUCUGUUCCUCAGCAAGGACCCACUGUCACGAUUUCUUCACGUGAGCUAUUUAUUCAUAUAUUCAUGCUGAGGGCGGCCCUGUCCCCUCACUGUAAGCAGAUGCUACUAAAAACAACCACUGAAUCCACAUGGAGCGCGGCCACGACCAGAUUAAUCGACUAAGGGGGAGAAGAAGAUCCCUGUCUUAACCAGUGAGUCUCCAAACGUCCUCAGAUUCCCCGGCACAUGGCAUAAGGGACCUUUUCCUGUAACACGGGGUUACUUUAGUAAUACCACGACUCUGCUCCAGGCUUUCUGUAUGAGUGUGUGUGUGUGUGUGCCUGCACCAUUCCAGCUCAGUACUCUUGAGCAGCCGCUCGGGCCAAAUAGGAUUCCGUGUGUUUGACUCCUGAGGUGAAGAGAUGGAGAUUUUUUCAUUUAAACAAUCUGCCGGUGCUGCUCGGGAUGUGUCGGCUUCAUGACGCCCGCCCCCCCUUCCCAGCCUGCAUGCUUCUGAAAAAUGCAAUUUUACACCUGGUCUCGGCUCAAGGUGCAUUCACAAAUCUGCAUAUUUAAAGGAGUCAAUAAUUCUCUGAGUAUGAGGCUGGAGCAGUUGCAGACGGAGCCCUAGAGAACGAGGGAUGGUGCGUGGAGGGGUGUUGUUACUUCCUGUUUGAAAUCGCCCUUCGUCCUCUCCACUGCCACAGCUGUGCAGCCUCAAGUGUUAAAUAAGACUCUUUUGAAGAAAUUCUCAAUAAACACCAGUGUCUCCCGGGACAUUCGGUGUUUCUUCACGUUAUGAUUCCGAUAAUGUUAACGCCACAGCAGCCAGUGGCUUCCUGUGUAACAUUUACAGUGUACAGUUGAUCUGAAGUUUUUGCCUAAUAACCUUUUUUCUUUAUUGUUUAAUCACCAAUGAGAUAUUUUGUUUUACCCCACAUGUGCCACCUUUUGUUUAUUGGUUUGUUUUUGGGGAAAACACCACAAUGACAGAAAAUCCUUUUUUUUUAUUUAAAUUUUUGGAUAUUAAAGGGAGUGCAGGUCUCUUUGAAACUUUAAAAAAGAUUGUACAGACAUAAACCAUUUUUUUUGAUUUAUUUAAUUCAUCCUUUAAUGAAUAAUGAACUGAUUACUGUCAUUCUGAGUAUGAGAUUGUGAUGUGAUGACAAAAUGACAGUGCUGUGGUAUUUCUCAUCUGAAACAUGCAAACAUAAUUUGUAAGAUGUCGCCAAUUUGGACUUUUAAAGAAAACGUGUGUCAUCGUAGAAGUGUCAACAUCAACCAUUGUUUUGAUGUUUGUAUAAUGCAUCAGAAAACUAUGGUUUUUGCCAUUCGUUAGACCAAGUGGCUGAAAUGUCAGAUCUUAAAUUAUUUUUUCUUAUUAAAAGAAACUAAAGCCUAAAAAAUGUUCAUCUGUUAAGAGAAGCUUCUACAAUGACAGCAUUCCUCAUCAGCCAUGUCAGUGAUUGUUGUAUUUCUCCCUCUAUCCCGUCUUCUAGGAUAAUCAGAGUUCUGUGUUUUAUAGAGAAUAGAAGCAGAGUUUCAGAUCUGAGGGUCUGAACUCUCCCGUGGUUUAGUGUUGGGCUCUGACGCGUCCCAUCAUCCCAUCGUCUUUUAGCUUGUGAACUAACAAACUGAGGUUAGGACUUGUGCUCAUGGUGAUUGUAAGAAUGAGGAGGCAGGGGUAUGAAACCCUUUUAUCAAUACAUUUUGCAAAGGUGCUUCUUUUCCCCACGGUGACUGGUGACAAGCGAACGCAACUUCCACCCACUGACUGUGCACUUUACCUCACGGGAUAUUCUGCUCAGGCGGAGGAAGAGCUGACGUGUCUGACAUUGCCACUAACAGAGUGAACUAUUUCCAAAGUCUUUCUUCUGGUAAAUAGUUCCCAGCUGCCACAUAUCCAGUUCUUCCCUGGUUUGUUAGCGCUUUCUAUUGAUUUGCCGGGAGGCCAAUUAUGGUUGAAUCAACAAACAACCCUCACAACUGUUGACAAACCCGCUCUGACCACAAUGUGUAAGCUGCCGUAUCCCUGCCUACCUUCCAUGUUGUCAUUGAGUUUGUUUUAUUGUCUUAAGAAACAUUUAUAUUUGUAACAUUUUAAGUUUAUUUGUAUCCUUAAGGACAUGAAAACAUGGUUAUGCACACUGUCCUGUCACGGAAUAUGAUACUGAAUAAUAACCCCUUUUGUUAUAUAAACUUAUUUCUGAAAGAUA